AAAAGAACAUGUUAUAAAUGUGGGAACUUGGGCCACCAUGCUGAAGAUUGUUCAUCAGGUGAAAGACUGUGUUAUAAUUGUAAAAAGCCAGGCCAUGAAUCAUCUAAAUGUCCAAAUGAUAGAAGUUCAGAAUCCAAACAAUGUUAUUUUUGCAAAGAGAUUGGCCAUAUUCAAUCUGAUUGUCCAAAGUACAGA